AUGGAACCUGCCGAGACUCCUCUGAGCCCCCAACAGGAAAUCCAUGAAGUGGAUCAUGGUCUUAUCCGCCAGUUGCUUGCAGAUUCAGAGGAGACUCUUGGUGCAUGUACUGAGAAAAUGCAGGCCCCCGCUCCAUAUAACUGGAGUGCUGACUGGAGCUUUUGGAUCUCAAGUUCCACUUAUAAAUAUAGGAGUGAGGAGUUUAAGAGACAGUUUUCACAUCUGCCAGAUUUGGAGAGGCUCAUAGUAGAUUAUGCCUGUGCCCUCCAGAAGGAUAUUCUGCUGCAGGGACGCCUGUACCUCUCUGAAAACUGGCUCUGUUUCCACAGCAACAUCUUCCGAUGGGAGACCACAAUUUCUAUUGCCUUGAAGGAUAUAACCUUCAUGACAAAGGAGAAGACUGCGCGGCUCAUCCCAAAUGCCAUCCAAAUUGUAACAGAAGGGGAGAAGUUUUUCUUCACAUCCUUCAGUGCUAGAGAUAGAAGCUACCUCAGUAUCUUCCGCUUAUGGCAGAAUGCACUGCUGGACAAGAUGUUACCACUACAGGAAUGGUUUCAACUCCUGCAAUAUGAGUUUGGUGCCAUAAAUGCUAAGAAAUUAAAUUAACACUGUCUUUAUUAUCUUUUUGCUUUGGACAGAUCCAGCAUUUGUGAUGAUUCUGGAGACAGAGAUGAAAAAUUACCCAAAGCAAUCCGUGAAAUUCAUGAACCCAUCAUUCAGAUAGUAGAGGCAGAGCCAUUCCAUGGAAACACACUGACAGGAGGGUCUGAGCAGGAGGAAUCCCAGAAUGAGAAGCAGGACAAGAGGAGCCUUCUGUUGCCUUCAGAAAAGAAACCAGUUAAGCUAGAGAGACGCAGGCUCCCAGCACAGUCCCUGGAGCCGAUCGAGAGUGAGAAUCUUCUGGAGAAGAGCAGUGCCUCAGAUAGCGAGGAAGAAGCCAAGGAGAAUGUCCCUGAGAAUGACCUGCACGGGAGACUCUUUAUUAAUAGAGUUUUCAAUAUCAGCGCAGACAAGAUGUUUGAAAUGCUUUUCACCAAUUCCCAUUUCAUGCAGAGAUUUCUCAACACCAGGAAUAUAGUAGAUGCUGUAUCGACCCCUUGGAAUAUGGACGGCAGUGGCAAUCAGUUGAGGACCCUCACCUACACUAUAAUGAUUAACAAUCCGCUCAUUGGGAAGUACACAACUGCAACAGAAAAGCAGAUCCUGAAUAAACUGAGCCAGAAAGGUCAGUCUUACCGGGUAGACGCAGAGGUGCUGACACAUGAUGUCCCAUACCAUGAUUACUUCUACACUGUGAACAGAUACUUCAUCACCCGCACAUCCAAUCAGAAAUGCAGAUUACGGCUUUCCACAGAUGUGAAAUACAAAAAGCAGCCAUGGGGCCUCAUCAAGUCUCUAAUUGAGAAGAACACCUGGAGUGGGAUAGAGGAGAAUUUCAAACAACUUGAAUCAGAUCUGCUAAUGGAAGAAUAUGCAAUAAACCAAUCUAUAGAAGAUCCUGGGAAACUUAUUGCCCUAAGAAGAAGACGACGGAAUUUACACCGAAAUGUGGCAGAGCUGCUUCCUAAGCGUUCUUCACAGCACUCUUCCGGGGACAUUGGAUUAGAGUCCCAGGGCAACAUAGUAGGAAGGAAAAGGGAUGCUGCAAGGAAGACCACAGCCAUCAUUGUGGUAAUGAGCAUCUUUUUGCUGCUCUUGGUUUUGCUGAAUGUGACUCUCUUCCUUAAACUAUCAAAGAUAGAACGUGCAGCUCAGUCAUUUUACCGGGUCCACCUUCAGGAUGAGAAGUCUUUAAACUUAGCCCCAGACAUGGUGUCCAGAGAGGAUAUCCCUCAGCGUGACCAGGAACAGGUUCAGCAGGUGAAAGGAGUGCUGCAAGACUCUAUUGCAAUGCUUGAACAGCUGAAGAGCUCCCUUUCUAUGCUUCAGAGAAGCUUUGAUCACCUGAACAAGACCAAGAGUGAUGAGACUGAGAGUUAA